AUGGUCCAUUUUCAGUCCAUUAUUGCAAGGUGGAUUUGGAGAAGAACUUUCUGCUCACGUUAUUGUCUUCUCACAGUGAGGAGACUACUGCCAGUUUUGUGUUUUGGUCGCAUAUUUCUACCUGGACCCCUGUGCCUUUUUAAAAAAUUCUUUUUGACUUUGUAGUAGGACUUAAGUGUGAGGCGGUGUCAGUGACCUUGUAACACUUGCCGUUUUGUUUCCUUGGAACCAAGAUGGUGUAAAUGAGACUCACUUCAUGGGUUGUUUUGUUUUGGUUUAGGAUAAUGCUCCAAGGCCAAAAGCAUCCUCUUCUAAAAUUACUUUACUGGCAAAAAAAAAAAAAACGGUUUUCUCUAAUGAGUUCCCCUUUACAUUUAUGUGCACCUUUAAUGAUUUCAGAAUGCUUCCACAGUAUUUCUUUUACCACUACUGUCAGCUCAGGGCCAGUAUGAUUGGCCAUGUUUUGAAGCCAAGGACAUGGCGGCUGGACUGGGCGAGUGGUUUGCUUUAGCCCAUGCAGAUGGCGGUGGAGACGGGCCUGGGAAUCGUUCCAGUGCAUAUUUUCCACACCGGGAGCAGAAAAAACCACCCCCUACCUCUUACCCUCACUUGUGGGGGGAGUGGAGGGUUAGGGGAACAAAAGAUAUGAAGAUAAAUAAAAAGCGGGCAGUUUGCAGUUACCUAAAGCAGCUCCAGAACAUUCACAGAGCAACAUCUCAGCAGGAGGAGUAAUCAUCACUCUAUGCUUCCAGAAUUGACUGCCCUAGCAAUGACUGCUGCUGACCAGGAAGUAGAAUAAAACUUCUGUAAAAAUGCCUGAUAUCUGGGAGCAUAGACACCAGUAACAUGUAGAUAAAAACGGAGACAGAGGCUUUAAAAAUUUCUUCGUCCCAUAGCAGUAGUCCAAACUGUAUCAGAAUCCAUGACACGGGCAGCAUGAGCUGAAGUUAAAGGCAGCCAUAUCCAACUUGUGAGGUUGUGUGCGUGCCCAGGGUGAGCCAUGUGGCCAUGUGAGCCUUCCUAUUCCAGCUGUCCUCAAGUGAGUGGUGAUCACAGAAUAUGUCCAGUCUGCCCAGCCUUUUGCGGUCAGACACUAGAAUUCCUGGGAAGGAAAUAGCAAGAGCUAAUAAAACCACAAGAGAAGCUGGAUAGCACUCGUUUCCAUCGUGUUCCAGUGCCAGCUGCUGCCCCCCACCACGUCCCUGAGACAUUGUCCUCAUGAUAACAAAUAACCAAAUCAGGAGGUGAUGUGUUUUAGAAAGAGCUCUCUGGCUGCAACAUGGAAAUGGGACUAAGGAAGGGAAGAGAGGAGAAUAUUUCAGCUGUCUUCCCCAAAGAUGAGGCAGGCUCCACCCAAGGCAGUGGUAACAGGGGUGCAGAGGAAGGGAGUAGUUUAAGAAAAGAACCAAUUGAUUUCAGAGAAUAGAGGAAAAGAAGGUUUGGGGUUAGGUGCCUGAGCUCUUGAUGUUGCUGUCAACCUUCAGCAUCAUUCAGCUCUCAGUGUUAAUGUUGCUUCCAAUAUUCAGGCACUCAGGAAGAGCAGGUUUGGUGUGGGUGUGAGAAGAAUGGCAGGUUCAGUUUGGGACAUGCUGAGUUUAAGUUUUCUACACAUCUCAGUGUAUAGCUGGGAAGAUAGCGGGGAGAUGAUUCUGCAGUUUAGGAUUAGGGAGCUGGGCUUGUCAUGUAAUUUUUGGGAAUCAUCUACAGGGAGGUGGUGGAUAAUUCCUUUAUCUUAUUUUUUCUUUUUCUUUAAAUUUAUUUAAUUUAUUUUUGGCUGCGUUGGGUCUUCGUUGCUGCGCAUGGGCUGACUCUAGUUGCAGAGGGCGGGGCCUCCUCUUCAUUGGGGUGCACAGGCUUCUCAUUGCGGUGGCUUCUCUUGUUGCAGAGCAAGGGCUCUAGGAGUGAGGGCUGCGGUAGUUGUGGUUUGCGAGCUCUAGAGCGCAGGGUCAGUAGUUGUGGCACACGGACUUAGUUGCUCCGCGGCAUGUGGGAUCUUCCCGGACCAGGGCUCGAACCCAUGUCCCCUGCAUUGGCAGGCGGAUUCUUAACCACUGCGCCACCAGGGAAGCCCUGGAUAAUUCUUAAGAAUAGAGCAAGGUGGUUUCACUGGUGAAUUCUACCAAACAUUUACAGAAGAAUUAAUGUCAAUUCUUCUCAGACUCUGCCAAAAAAUUGAAGAGGAGGCAACAUUCCCAAUGUCAUUCUAUGAAGCCACCAUCACCCUGAUACCAAAACCAGACAAGAAUACUACAAGAAAAGAAAAUGACAGUCAAUAUCCCUGAUGAAUAUAGAUGCCUAAAUUCUCAACAAAAUACCAGUUAUCCAAAUUCAAUACCACAUUAAAAAGCUCAUAUACCAUGAUUAAGAGGGAUUGAUCCUUGAGAUGCAGGAAUGGUUCAAGAUACACAAAUCAAUAAAUGUAAUACAUCACAUUAAUCAAAUGAAAGAUAAAAAUCAUAAGGUCAUCUAAAUAGUUGUGGAAAAAGCAUUUGACAAAAUCAACAUCUACUCAUGAUAAAAAAAACUCUCUCAACAAAUUGAUAUAGAAGAAAUAUGCCUUGACAUACUAAAGGCCAUAUAUGACAUGUCCACAACUAACAUAGAGUUGGUGAAGGCUGAAACCUUUUCCUCUAAGAUUGGGAAGAAGACAAGGUUACCCACUCUCACCACUCCUAUUCAACAAGUACUGGAAGUCCUAGCCAGAAAAAUCAGGCAAAAAAUAAAAUAAAAUAAAUAAAAUAAAGAGCAUCAGAAUUGGAAAUAAGCAAAAUUAUCUCUAUUUUCAGAUGACAUGAUUUUACAUGUAGAAAAUCCUAAAGAUGUUACAAAAAGAAAACUGUUAAAACUAAUAAAUGAAUUUAGUAAAGUUGCAAGAUGCAAAAUCAACAUACAAAAAUCAGCUGUUCCUAUACAUUAACAAUGAAUUAUCUAAAAAAAAAAUCUUUAAAAAUCCCAACAGCAUCAAAAACAAUAAAAUACUUAGGAAUAAAUUUAACUAAGGAGGUGAAAGAUCUCUACAUUAAUAACUAUAAGAUGUUAAUGAAAGAAAUUGAAGACACAAAUAAAUCAAAAGAUAGCCUAUAUUCAUGUAUUGAAACAAUUGAUAUUGUUAAAAUGUUCAUACAACCUGAAGCCACCUAUAGAUUCAAUGCAAGCCCUAACAAGACUCCCAUAUCAUUUUUCACAGAAAUAAAGAAAACAAAGGCAAGGAGUGGGGAGUGGGAGAAUUGAGCGAAGGCGAUCAAAAGGAAUUUUUCAAAUAGAAACUAAUUGCAGAGUUUCCGGUUGACCAGGCAUUCAUAGGAAUGAAGACAAUCACAGAGAUGGUGUGUCUAAGAAAUUUCAAAAGGUGUAGGCCUCCUGACUGAAGGACAGUCAACUUAUUGGAUUCAUUUUUUUUAUUAUAUUUCUGUCCUCCUACAAGGGAAAGUCAUGAUUACACUAACAGAGCUAAAAUGUUUAGCAGACGCCCAGUCGUCUUAUCACAUCCUAAAACCGUGGUGGGACGUCUUUUGGUAUUACAUCACCCUGAUCAUGCUGCUGGUGGCCGUGCUGGCUGGAGCCCUCCAGCUCACACAGAGCAGGGUUCUGUGCUGUCUUCCAUGUAAGGUGGAAUUCGACAAUCACUGCGCCGUGCCUUGGGACAUCUUGAAAGCCAGCGUGAACACAUCCUCCGAUCCCGGGACGCCGCUUCCGCUCCCCCUCAGAAUCCAGAAUGACCUCCACCGACAGCAGUACUCCUACAUCGACGCCGUCUGUUAUGAGAAGCAGCUCCACUGGUUCGCAAAGUUCUUUCCCUACCUGGUGCUCUUGCACACGCUCAUCUUUGCAGCCUGCAGCAACUUUUGGCUGCACUACCCCAGUACCAGUUCCAGGCUUGAGCAUUUUGUGGCCAUCCUUCACAAGUGCUUCGAUUCUCCAUGGACCACCCGUGCCCUGUCAGAGACGGUGGCUGAGCAGUCAGUGAGGCCCCUGACACUCUCCAAGUCCAAGGUUUUGCUUUCUUCCUCAGGGUGCUCAGCUGAUGUUGAUUCCAACAAGCAGUCAUUGCCCUACCCACAGCCUGGCUUAGAGUCAGCUGGCAUAGAAAGCCCAACUUCUAGCGUCCUGGACAAGAAGGAGGGCGAACAGGCCAAAGCCAUCUUUGAAAAAGUGAAAAGGUUCCGCAUGCACGUGGAACAGAAGGAUAUCAUUUAUAGAGUGUAUCUGAAGCAGAUAAUAGUCAAAGUCAUUUUGUUUGUCCUCAUCAUAACUUAUGUUCCGUAUUUUUUAACCUACAUUACUCUUGAAAUUGACUGUUUAGUGGAUGUGCAGGCUUUUACUGGAUAUAAGCGCUACCAGUGUGUCUACUCCUUGGCAGAAAUAUUUAAGGUCCUGGCUUCAUUUUAUGUCAUCUUGGUUAUACUUUAUGGUCUUACCUCCUCCUACAGCUUGUGGUGGAUGCUGCGGAGUUCUCUGAAGCAAUAUUCUUUUGAGGCGCUGAGAGAAAAAAGCAACUACAGUGACAUCCCGGAUGUCAAGAAUGACUUCGCCUUCAUUCUCCAUCUGGCUGAUCAGUAUGAUCCUCUUUACUCCAAACGCUUCUCCAUAUUCCUGUCGGAGGUCAGUGAGAACAAACUGAAACAGAUCAACCUCAACAACGAAUGGACGGUCGAGAAACUGAAAAGUAAGCUUGUGAAAAAUUCCCAGGACAAGAUAGAGCUGCAUCUUUUCAUGCUAAACGGUCUUCCAGACAAUGUCUUUGAGCUGACAGAAAUUGAAGUGCUAAGCCUGGAGCUGAUCCCUGAGGUCAAGCUGCCUUCUGCAGUCUCGCAGCUGGUCAACCUCAAGGAGCUCCACGUGUACCAUUCGUCUCUGGUGGUCGACCAUCCUGCCCUGGCCUUUCUAGAGGAGAAUUUAAAAAUCCUCCGCCUGAAAUUUACUGAAAUGGGGAAAAUUCCACGCUGGGUAUUUCAUCUGAAGAAUCUCAAGGAACUUUACCUGUCAGGCUGUGUUCUACCUGAGCAGGUGAGUACAAUGCAGUUGGAGGGCUUUCAGGACUUGAAAAACCUGAGGACCCUCUACUUGAAGAGCAGCAUCUCCCGGAUCCCACAAGUCAUUACAGACCUCCUGCCUUCGCUGCAGAAGUUGUCCCUUGAUAACGAGGGGAGCAAGCUGGUUGUACUGAACAACUUGAAAAAGAUGGUCAAUCUGAAAAGCCUGGAGCUGAUCAGCUGCGACCUGGAACGCAUUCCGCACUCCAUUUUCAGUCUGAACAAUUUGCAUGAGUUAAACCUCAAAGAAAAUAACCUUAAAACUGUGGAAGAGAUCAUUAGCUUUCAGCAUCUCCAGAAUCUUUCCUGCUUAAAGUUGUGGCACAAUAACAUAGCUUAUAUUCCGGCCCAGAUUGGGGCAUUAUCUAAUCUAGAGCAGCUCUCUUUGGACCAUAAUAACAUUGAGAAUCUGCCCCUGCAGCUUUUCCUAUGCACCAAACUACAUUAUUUGGAUCUAAGCUAUAACCACCUGACCUUCAUUCCAGAAGAAAUCCAGUAUCUGAGUAAUUUGCAGUACUUUGCUGUGAACAACAACAACAUUGAGAUGCUACCAGAUGGGCUGUUUCAGUGCAAAAAGCUGCAGUGUUUACUUUUGGGGAAAAAUAGCCUGAUGAGCUUGUCCCCUCACGUGGGUGAGCUGUCGAACCUUACUCAUCUGGAGCUCAUUGGUAAUUACCUGGAAAUACUUCCUCCUGAACUGGAAGGAUGUCAGUCCCUCAAACGGAGCUGUCUGAUUGUCGAGGAGAAUUUGCUCAGUACUCUUCCUCCCCCUGUAACAGAACGUUUGCAGACAUGCUUAGAUAAAUGUUGACCUAAAGAGGAAAAUAAUUUUUAAAAGUACACUCCAGGGCUUUAUCUGAGAACUCAAUUUUCCUAAGUUAUAAAGAUGAACAAUGGAUAAUUAUGACUAACUAUAACCAAAUGUCUUAUUAAAGCAACUCAGUGUCUAUCCCUAAAUUAAACAGGUAAAAAGUAUUAACACUGAACUAAAGUUUUGUGAAUAAUUGAUCUUUAACUUAUGGAAAUAUAGGAAGUACACUUGGAGGGUGGAAUGGGGACAUGAAAUUAUUGAAUCUCUACAUUGUAGUUUGUAUCUUUUGAAGAUUAGGUAUUACUUAUUUGCAUACUUGUUUUAACUGACUUCCUGUUUUGAUGUUUAUCACCUAGACCAUAAACUCAUCAACAUAAAUUCCCUUGAUGUACACUGAGCACUGUCUUUGAUUUAUGGUCUUAAAUAUUUUUAGGCCCAGGGUACAUUGUGCUAGGCAGAAUUCCUUCUGGCUUAAUUUUUACUUCCUGUCCCAGCUUGUUUUGAGUCUUCCUCCGUCUGAUUUUCUCUUAACAACAAUGAUGAACCCUGAGAAAGUGCCUGCCUUUGACCUUUGCAUAGAACAGGAGCAGAGUACUUAGGACAUGUCACCCUCGGGGCAUCCUAAAAAUUAAUGUAUACUCAAAUUUUUUCUUGUAUAUCAUCAAAGCCUUUUUUUUUGCUAAUGAUUUUUAUAUUAAAUGUAAAACAUACAAAUAUAUUUUAUUGUAUAAUCUUGGAUUCAAAAUCUGAGAAUAAUUUUUGUAAGGUACAGAGAACACAUCCUUUUCUUUAAGAAUUUACUAUUAAUAUACUUGGUUUUGGCUGCUUAUGAUUCUCAUAUUUGUGCACAUUCUGUUCCAAAAUGUUUUUGUACUCUGCAACUAAUUACUUUUGCAUAACAAAAGCCUUGUGUUUCAUGCCCUAAAAUAUUUGGGGGGUUUCCUUGUAAGAGGAUGGCCACAUCAUCUACCUCUCUCUUCCCUAGUGCUGUGCUAUUGUACGGGUACAAUUCUUAAUUACUUCAAAAACUGUGAUGGAGGGGAGAGGUGCAGAUUUGGAUCUUUAAAACUGAUUUUAAAGCAUUCUGUAGAAAUUAAGUAAGAGUUAAGCAAAAUACUUUCUUCUCCAUCUGCAUGAUCUCUAGAUAGGAUUAUAAUGUAAAACACUCAGCUUAAAAUUCAGCGCUUAAAAUGAGUUCUCAAAGCUCACAAAGAAAUAGAUCUGGUUAACUGAAAUUCAUCUCAUGCCUUUGUCUAACUUUUCUGGAAUACAUUUUGCUCUUUUUUAUAAAGAGCUUUGUGUUUGGCUUUUUAUUAUCAUGCAUAUUGUAAAAUGAAUAAAAUCGACUGACUCAUUUUGGGGAAAUGUACAUUUUCAAUGUGUUUUUCUCUAAUGGGUCUAGGCAUCGUGAUGCCGUCUCAUUUUGGAUGUAACUAUGAAGUAAUCUAUUAACUGCACCUAGACAAAACUGGAAAACACUAUGGGUAAACAGUACUGUAAACAUGGAAUUGUGUUGUAUGGUAUGUUUUUUCUUGCUUUGUCCCUUCCAGAAAGAUGAAAAUGAGUCUAAGUUAUGGCAAAAUGUAGCUUCCCUCACCUGCCACACACCCCUGGACUAACAUUCAGAGAAAAGAAUUGUUCACAUCAAAUGAAAUUUGAGUAAUAGCUAUAAAAAAUGUAAAAUACCAAAAGCUGCCUAAAACAUUAUUGUUUAUUCUGAAUGAGAAAGAACAGUGUAAAAAUGCAAUUCUUACCAAAACUUGCCUUUAGUCAGAACAUUCAAGUUCUCAGGGAGCCAGGCAUAACUGAUGAAACUUUCUUGUAGGAUUUCAGAAAACAGAUUCUGACUAUAUCUAGGGUUUUAUGUUAUUUUCAAUCUUUUUAAUGUUGAGUUCUUUGUCAUUUUAAUGUUUCACAUCUCUGUUGCACAAUAGAAUUGUCAUGUGUACCGAUUCCAGUGUUGGAUAGGAUUAUCUUAUGUUUGGAACAUGAAUACGAUACAUGGAAAUAUGUUUAAAUGUUUUGGGCCAUAUAAUUAGCCAUAAUGUAUAUGAAAAAUCUUACCCCCUUCUAUAAGGAAGAGUUUUUAAAACAAAUUUCAGAUUUGCUACUAUUCCCCUGACAAACUAUAACUCUUCCCGGCUAGUCACCAGUUCUGUUCACCUGCAGAAGUCACUAGCCAAACCUUCCUUAUCACCCUUCUAAAUUUCUGGAAGCAAGUUACUAUCAGGAUCAGUAAUGAGUUUUGUAAGCUUCUUUCCAAACAGUAGGGUUUGGUUACUAAUGCAAACUGUUGUUCUUGAUGCCACAGUUUUUAGGUUUACUUUUUUAUUUCAAUCCUUCACUCCAGUGUUUAGGUAACUUUUGAAAUGAUGUAGCACUGAUGCCAUGAACUCUGAGACCACCACUUAACACACAAAACUGUGGUGUUUGAUGCCACCUUUACUGCAAUGUUGGAGCAGAUCUUCAAUUUGGAAGAGGAUUUUAAAUGAAGAAAAUGAAGUUUAUUCAAUUAUAAUUUUAAGACUUUAGUUGAUACUUGAUUUCCAAGAAUGUGUAGUGCAUUUUCCAAAAAAUAAAUGUGGAUGUUAUUCAGAACAAAGUUGAAGGCUUAUGCUAGCAUUGGUUCAUUUUAUUUACAUACACACACACAGAUACACAAUGAUGAGCUCGCACACACACAUAGACACACACACACUCCCCAUGUAUACAAAAUGUAAUUUAUUAGUUUUGGAUAUGUUUAAUAUUUUUCCAAAGUUGUAAGAGGUUGUAGGUUAAUGCUAGGAUAUUAAUUCUUUUUUAUUCCUUACUUGUAAUCAUGGAGUAUUCUAUUCUCUUAGUUGUAAUGUUAAAAGAAUACUAAAUGCUCAAACUUGGUCAAUGACCUAAGUGGUUUUGAGCAUUCCUUGUAAGGUGUAGUGUUCCUUCACUAACAUACAUCAGGGUAUAUCUGUGUGGCACAUAGAUACGGUGUUUUCAUUCUUCAUCCUCAGUCUUCAUUUUUCCUCUGAUAUCACCAUGUUUCACUGUCACUUCAGCAAAUGUUUGUGUUAAAGAGAGUAAA